AUGGCUUAGGAAAUAUUUAAUAAGAAAUGGUUAUAAAAUAUGGGUUAUUAUUCAAUAAAAUUAUUCCCAUACAAAUUCUUAUUCAAUUAUAAACAUGUUAAGACUCAUUAUGAAUAAUAUAAAGGAGAAGGAGAAUAUUUAAAUUAAUUUCUAAAUAUCCCAUAUAGAUUGACACAUGAAAGAUUUUUAGGGGAAAUCCUUAAAAAAGAAUUAGAAUAAUUAAAUAAACUAAAUGUGGAUGAUAAAAUAAAAAAAAUUAGAGCCAUAAAUGUUAUUACAUAUUUUAUAGGAAUUGGAACUUAUAGAUCACCAUUCAUUAUAUAGACAGCUGUAUAAAAAUUCUAAUUUAUUGAUUAUUAUUUUAAAGAAUAUUAUGGAGAUAAGAAUAAGAUAAUUUUAUCAUUCUUAUUUAAAAUAAUUCAUUCAUUAGGAUUAGCUAAUGAAUUUUUAGAAAAAGUUGAAUAAAAGAAGGAUUUAAAAUUGGUUUUAUUUAUUUUGAAUGAAUUUAUGAUUAGAUAAAUAAAUGAUUAUUAGAGAAGAUUAGGAAUUAAGGAAGUAGAGAUUAUUUAAAGGAUGUGUAGAUAAUGGAAAGAUAAUAUAUAAAUAAAUUGGAUGUUAUAUAAGUUAUAUAUAGAUCAAGAUUUAAUGUGA